GUCUCGGAGGACUGGGAGGUCGACUGCUUCAGCCGCCCGAUCGUCAGAGACGGCAAGAAGAUCUGGGAGUUGAUGGUCACAGAUGCCAACGGCAUGUAUCGCCGGGUGGCGCAGAUGAAGCCAACGCGGGUGAACAGUGUGGUUGUCCAGAAGUUGAUCACAAUUUUCAUCGAGGAGGCUAAGGUCAAGCCCCGGUCGAUCCGCUUUUUCCGCAAAGUCAUGAAGAACAUGCUCACCGUGUCCCUGACGACCAUGAAAGAGCAGAUCCC